AUGAAGCCCCUCUCAGGGGCGGAGGAGGCCCGGCGGCCGGCCUCGGACAUCCGUGUGUUCGCCAGCAGCUGCACACUGCACGGGCUGGGCCAUGUCUUCGGCCCGGGGCGCCUGACCCCUCGCCGGGGGCUGUGGGCCGUGGCCGUGCUCCUGUCCCUGGCUGCCUUCCUCUACCAGGUGGCGGAGAGGGUGCGCUACUACGGGGAAUUCCACCACGAGACGGCCCUGGACGAGGUCGAAAGCCACCAGCUCACCUUCCCGGCCGUCACCCUGUGCAACAUCAACCCGCUGCGCCGUUCACGCCUCACGCCCAACGACCUGCACUGGGCCGGGCCAGCGCUGCUGGGCCUGGAGCCCACCGAGCACACCGCCUUCCUGCGCGCCCUGGGCCGGCCGCCCGCGCCGCCCGGCUUCAUGCCCAGCCCCACCUUCGACACGGCCCGGCUCUAUGCCCGGGCCGGGCACGCCCUAGAGGACAUGCUGCUGGACUGCCGCUACCGUGGCCAACCGUGCGGGCCCGAGAACUUCACCACGACCCUCACCCGGAUGGGUCAGUGCUACACCUUCAACUCCGGUGCUGACGGGGCAGAGCCGCUCACCACUCCCAAGGGCGGCAUGGGCAACGGGCUGGAGGUCAUGCUGGACGUGCAGCAGGAUGAGUAUCUGCCCGUGUGGAAGGACAUGGAGGAGACCCUGUACGAGGCGGGGAUCCGAGUGCAGAUCCACAGCCAGGAGGAGCCGCCCGCCAUCGACCAGCUGGGCUUUGGGGCAGCCCCCGGGUACCAGACUUUCGUGUCCUGCCAGGAGCAGCAACUGAGCUUCCUGCCACCGCCCUGGGGCGACUGCAGCUCAUCAUCUCUGGAUCCCGACUUUGAGCCAGAACCCUCUGGUCCCCUGGAUCCCCGCAGCCCCAGCCCAGGCCCUACCCCUCCCUAUACUCUAAUGGGGUGUCGCCUGGCCUGUGAGACACGCUAUGUGGUUCGGAAAUGCGGUUGCCGAAUGAUGCAUAUGCCUGGCAGUUCGCCGGUGUGCAGCCCCCAGCAAUACAAAGACUGCGCCAACCCGGCACUGGACGCCAUGCUGCGGAAGGACACGUGCACCUGCUCCAACCCUUGCGCAAGCACGCGCUACGCCAAGGAGCUCUCCAUGGUGCGCAUGCCGAGUCGCUCUGCCACCCGCUACCUGGCCCGGAAAUACAACCGCAGCGAGGCCUACAUCUUGGAGAACGUGCUGGUGCUGGACGUCUUCUUUGAGGCCCUCAACUACGAGACGGUGGAGCAGAAGAAGGCCUACGAGGUGCCGGAACUGCUCGGUGACAUUGGGGGCCAGAUGGGGCUGUUCAUCGGGGCCAGCCUGCUCACCAUCCUUGAGAUCCUAGACUACCUCUGCGAGGUAUUCCGAGAGAGGGUCCUGGGAUACUUCUGGAACCGAAAGCGCUCCCGCCAAAGGCACUCUGGCACCAAUCCGUUUCAGGAAGGACUGGGCAGCCAUCGAAACCAAAUGCCCCAUCUCAGCUUGGGCCCCAGCGCUGUGGCCUGCGUCUCGGCAGGCCCCCCACCCCUCCCUGUGCUGUCACCCGGACUCUUUCUGCCUCCCACCGCACCUGCUACCUUGUCACCCGGCUCUAGACCCGGCGUCUGUCUUCGGGGCUGCACCUCGGCUUCUCGGACACGCCCAGCCUGCAUAUGACUGCCAUCUUUACCCCAAAUAAAGCUGUAGUGCAUCAGCCUCAGCUGUUCCUCUUACAAGCAGACUAGUCAGGCGCCAGACCUCUGCCAGCGUCGCCUAGAGGACACGGUGCCUGAAAUGUGGGCAGGGUUCCAGGAACCUCCAGAAAUCUCUGGCAGAGCAGUCAUACAAGGGCACCAGUGAGAAAGAGUUCAUCAGACGAACGUCUCAGAGAAGGGAGCCCACAGCCAGGUGUGUGGGCAGAGAGGAGUCAGUGGCAGGGCAGUCCCAUUUGGGGGACAGUAAGGGAAUGGCUGGAAGGCUCUGCCCCAGAGCCUGGUGAACAAUGAAGCAGGCAGGGAGCAGACUCCCCACUCCGAGAAGAUCAUGACUCUCUCACAUUUGAACCCACUUCUAGCACGCUCACUCCAUCUCCAUGGGAACAGACCUCUUUCCCCAACCUCCCGCAACAGCAGAGGCCCCAACUUGAGAUGGUCAAGGAGGCCCUCGCUCCCCACUCCUGCCAGUAAGGACACACCCAGGCCCCGGCCACGCCUUUUCCCUGUUCUCUUUCUCUGCCCACCCCCCAAAUAUUAGAAAACUGACAAAUGAGGGAGCAGGGAGGGGGUAUUCCUGAUCUAACCACAUCUUUCGGUCUGUCCUAUCCCAGCCUGCAGGCCUAGGUAUGGGGGGACGGAGAGAGAAGAAACAGGGUGGGUACCCGUGGGACACAGAGAACCACAAGGAAAGGCUCGGACCUCCCCUCCGUGGAAGCCCACCCUUGCUCAGGCACCAGCUGCCUAACCCCUCGGGACUGUCUCAGGCAGAGGGAGGAUGGGGGUCACACCAGUACACAAGAAUGCGUGAGCGCAGCACUGCCCCUGAGCCCAGCCCCCAGCCUCAGGCCACUUAGAGAAGCACGGCAAGGACCGGACAGCUGGGUUGCGUUCCAGCUGGAAGCAGGG